AUGCUGCGGGGCUCGCGCUUCAGCCGCCAUGGCGGCGACUUGAAGACACCCUUCUUAGCCGGCAAGGAGCGCGAGCUUCUGGAGUCUAAGAAGUGGCCCGCCUGUUUCUCGCAGUCCGUUGAUAUCACCAAGGUGCAAAUAGAUGCGUUCAAGCCUUGGAUCACUCGCCGGGUGACCGAGCUGAUGGGCGUGGAAGAUGAAAUUGUGGUCGACUAUUGUCUGAGUCAGCUGAAGUUCUUCGGAGAAACCGAUGCUAAGGCUAACGCGGAGAACGCUGGUGAUGGUGGCAAGUGCCUCAACGAGAAGCCUUACCUGGACCCCAAAAAGCUGCAGAUAAACCUAACGGGCUUCAUGGCCAAGAACGCCCGCAUCUUCGUGAAGGAGUUAUGGGAUCUGCUGCUAGCUGCACAGGAUAGCGAAUACGGCAUCCCGCAGGCCUUCAUUGACGAGAAGAAACGCGAGAUUGCGGCUAUUCAAGGAGCCGCAAACGAGGUAGAGGACACGCUACGGCAAAUGGGUUCCUCACUUCCCGCACCCGACCAUGCAGGGAGUGAUGCUAAUGCCUCUGCUGAAGGUCCCAUUCAGAUUAAAAACGAACCGACUCCAGUAGAGAAUGCAUCUGUUGAAGCCGAAUCGGUUCCAGGUGAAUCUCGUGGAGCGCGUCGUCAGACCUCGCGAAGCAGACGGGAAUAUGGCACGCAGCGGUACGAAGCUCGGAAAUACGCAAAUAGUCCUGCCAGAAAAUAUCCCAUCCGCCGCAGCGACGAUUCCACUCGCAAGCGUGGUAGCGGUGACGGAGGGUAUCGUCGGCGUCGUAGGUCACCUUCAUCGAACUCUUCAAGAUCCAGUUCUGCGUCGGUACGUUACCGUCGUCGCGUGCAUCGUGAGCGGUCUCCGUCUCGCAGUUCUUCUGGGUCGUAUUCUAAUCGCAGCGAGUCCUCGUCGUCUAGGUCUUCCCCCGCGGUGCGCAGGGCGCCUCGCCACGGCCGUCGUCGGUCAUACUCAAGCGCGUCUACUGAUUCGCCCACUCCCUCAGCGUCUUCAGAGUCCCGUUCUUCGCGCUCGGUCGAAUCGCCGGUUUCUCGCAGAGGUCGAGGUAGGCGGUAUGAGGCCCGUCGUAGCCGCGACCGCUCCGUAAGCCAUCGCAGAAGAGGCAGCAGCCCAAAGCGCCGUCGUCGCAGUAGUUCGUCAUCCAGCUUGUCUUCCAGGUCCUCCGCGAGCUCUUCGCAGAGCUACAAGACCAGAAGGCGACACGGUGGCAAGCGGUACGGGUCACGUGACCGUCGAUCCUACUCAUGA